AUAACUAGUAACUCCUUUCUUCACUUCCAUCUUUCACUAUCGAAACCUUUUCGACUCUGUGUAACACAUGGAUAUGUUUACUAUCAACAACUCUUGUUCUUUCUCUGAAACCUCAUUGCAGAGUUCAGAGGACUCUCAGUGGAUAUCAAUUUCCAACGACAAGUUUCGGUUAGCUGCGACUACCCCGAAGAAGCGCGCAGGGAGAAAGAAGUUCAAGGAGACUCGCCAUCCGGUGUAUAGAGGGGUAAGGAUAAGAAACAAUAAUAAAUGGGUGUGUGAAAUGAGGGAGCCUAACAAGAAGACUAAGAUUUGGCUAGGAACUUUUCCAACGGUCGAGAUGGCUGCCCGAGCACACGAUGUUGCUGCAAUGGCAUUAAGGGGCCGAUACGCCUGUCUCAAUUUUGCAGACUCAACAUGGCGGCUCCCUAAACCUGCUAGUACUCAAGCAAAAGAUAUACAAAAGGCGGCUACGGAAGCUGCCGAGGCUUUCAGACCAAACAAGAUUUUACCAACUGAUGAUGUGGAAGAGAUUUUAAUGACUAAUGAUGUUGACAUUGAAAUCUCUGUAGCUGCCUCUGCCACAGUGGAGCAGAUUUUGCAGUGCAUGGUAGAGGAAGAAGACCGAGUGAUGAGCAUGCCAGAGAUGUGGAGGAGCAUGGCACUAAUGUCUCCAACACAUAGUUUUGGGUAUCAUGAUGAGUAUCAAUAUAUUGAUGAACAAGACUAUCAAGAUCAAGAGGUGUCACUAUGGACUUAUUAA